GCAGUCUGCGGUGCUGUUUCAGAAACUUCCCCGGGGGAAGAAUGGUGACUAAGAGAGGAAGAGCCUGGCUGUUUCUCUCCAGCUGGCAACAUUAAAUUAUGAUUAAGUGGAGCUUUAUUGUUUCAACAGACCUUCUUUUGCAUAAUUGUUAUGCAGAUGAAAAAGUACCAAAGGCUACACCUCCUGGCUGGCGCCUUGCAGCUAGCCUGGGCCUGGGACAUACUGAGGAGGAUAAUUCAGGAGUUCCCGACUAGGGAACAGGCUAGGGCCUCUGGUCCUCUGAAAGACAGAAGUUGGUAUUGGUGAAGCACUAGGGCUUUUUUAUAUAGCAGAAAUACUUUAAUAAAAGCCUUUUGUUUAAAUUCCGUGCAGUUAUGUGUGUGUAAAUGUUGGUUUAAACUGUCUCUGAAAAUAACAGAUCAGAUACGGCCAGUGGUAUUAGCGUGGCAGAAGGUGGUAUGUGUUCACAGAGGAAUGUAUUUUAUUUUUUAUGCUCUCAGUCCUGAUGUCUGGGACCAGACGCUGCACUCUUAGGAGAGAUCUAGCCAAAAAUGUGGUUGCUGAGAAAUGGCCAAUGAGAAUCACGGAAGCCCUGCGGAGGAAGCGUCUCUCAUGAGUCACUCACCUGGCACCUCCAACCAGAACCAGCCCAGCUCCCCCAAACCUAUGCGACUGGUACAGGACCUGCCAGAUGAGCUGGUGCAGGCUGGCUGGGAGAAGUGCUGGAGCAAGCGGGAGAAUCGCCCUUACUACUUCAAUCGCUUCACUAACCAGUCUCUGUGGGAAAUGCCUGUUCUGGGCCAGCACGAUGUCAUUUCAGACCCUCUGGGACUGAACGCGGCUCCGAUGCCGCUGGAAGGUGGGAUGAUAGAUUCCUCUGUGGAGAGCAAGCAGAGGAAGAGGAGAUUCUCUGAGGAGGUUCCACCGAGCGGCAACAGUGUGAAAAAGCCAAAGGUGGACGUCCCAGGGAACCCAGCUGCUCAGGCAGUCCCCAGCUCUCCCAGUAUUCCAGGAACCUCCGUUCUGAAGGCAUGGUGUGUUUCACCUGAAGAUAAACAGCAGGCAGCUCUCUUACGACCAACUGAAGUAUAUUGGGACCUGGAUAUUCAGACAAAUGCAGUGAUUAAGCAGAGAGCACCAUCUGAAGUGCUUUCUCCACACCCCGAGGUGGAGCUGCUUCGAUCCCAGCUCAUUCUCAAACUGCGGCAACAUUAUCGUGAGCUCUGCCAGCAACGAGAAGGGAUUGACCCCCCAAGGGAGUCCUUUAAUCGCUGGAUGUUGGAGAGGAAGGUGGUUGAUAAAGGGACAGAUCCUCUCUUACCGAGUGACUGCGAGCCAGUAGUGUCUCCUUCCAUGUUCAGAGAGAUCAUGAAUGACAUUCCCAUCAGGUUAUCCAGAAUCAAGUUCCGGGAGGAAGCCAAGAGACUGCUCUUUAAGUAUGCGGAGGCUGCGAAGCGGCUGAUUGAAUCCAGGAGUGCUUCGCCAGACAGCAGGAAGGUGGUGAAGUGGAACGUGGAGGACACCUUCAGCUGGCUGCGACGGGACCAUUCUGCCUCGAAGGAGGACUACAUGGACCGCCUGGAGCACUUACGCAAACAAUGUGGGCCCCACGUGUCUGCUGCAGCAAAGGACUCUGUUGAAGGCAUCUGCAGUAAGAUUUACUACAUAUCCCUUGAAUACGUCAAGCGGAUCCGGGAGAAGCAUCUUGCCAUACUCAAAGAGAACAAUAUAUCGGCUGAGAUAGAAGCUCCUGAAGUCCAGGACAGGCUCGUGUACUGUUACCCAGUGAGACUGGCCAUCCCCUCCCCACCACUCCCCAGCGUGGAAAUGCACAUGGAGAACAAUGUGGCGUGUGUGCGGUACAAGGGGGAGAUGGUGAAAGUGAGCCGCAACUACUUCAGCAAGCUGGUAAGGGCUGACUGCCGGCGCUGCCCGGCCCGCCCAGAGCAGGGGCUGUGCGUGGGGCGCGGGCCGGGCCCAGGGGUCGGACCCUGCCCUCGCGGUAGCAGCCGGGAGGACGAGCUCCUUUCACCUUAGUCGGGGUCAGGCUUCUGCUGGGAAUCCUCCCGAGGCGUUGGUGUGCGCUUGGGGUCGUGCUGCGCUGCGA